AUGCAGCCCAACGGCACGGGCCCGGGUCAGCCCAACGCCCAAUGGGGCAGCGGGCCAUACGACGACCCGGCCAACUUGCUACGCGUAUACCCGUUUGCAACAUAUACCCCGACGGCGCGAGCAUCCCACUUUGCCCCGCACACUGUCGCGUACUCUGGCCCCUCCAACUCGGCCAACCUCUACCCCCAGUACAGCUUCAACGGUACCGAGUACUCGCCGGAUGCAGCGAACCGCGUUGCGUCAGCUAUGAGGAGCCAGAACAGCUACGGUGGCUUCAACUACCAGCAGCAACAACAGCAGUCGUUGUACCAGCCUCCGACGUUCCCGUCGACCCCGCAGAAUGGUUACGGAAACGGCCUCACCGGAGGGUACCGUGCACCGAUUACUCCUCAGCAACAGCAGCAACAGUACCAGACGCCGGCGCAGCAGCAGAGCACGCAAAGUGGACAGAUGUACCAAGGAUUUCAGAGCUCCCCGCAAACGCAGGACCUGAGCUCGUAUCAACAGUCCAGUCAACCCUACUCGGUUCCCAAUGCGAGCCUCGGCCAAUCCUCCAUGUCGACCUACACACAGUCACAACCGUCUACGACUACUCCUUACUCCUCCUCGCAGUUCCAACAGCAGUUUCCCUCCUUGUCCCAGACCGCCUCCGCUCCCCAGUCCCAGUUACCACCAGGCUACCUCCAGAGCUUUCAGCAACCUUCACAGCGGCAAUCGGCAACAGGCGUGAACGCAUCGGGACAGUCGAUCCAGUCGCCGCUCAGCUUACCACAGCAACAGCAGCAGCAGAAGCAGGAUUCGUUUGCGUCACCGGGAUUCGCGUCGCAGUCGCCAGUGCAGUCUGCGCAGACGUUGCAGGGUCAGUCCUAUGGUCGCCCCAGCCCCGCGCUUCAAACAGGAGUGUCUUCCGCCGCUCAGCAACCGUUCCAGCGCCCCGUCGGUACGCCAACGCUGCCCUCCCCCAGUGUAGGGACCGCCUCGCCACUCCAGGCAUUUGCCAGUGCUCCACUCGGCGCAGGCUCGACGUCACUACUGCAGGACCAGCAAACACAAGCUUCACCUCAACUGAGAAGACCGUCCUACUCACUGCCGUUCCCGGGGCUGCUGAACGGACAGCAGAUCCAAUCACCCGUGCAGCAAGCACAGCCGUCGCCGGUGCAGCCCCCGAAAGCGUCCCCGCUUCAGCCUUCCCCCUCCGGGCUGUACCAGGGAUCGCCUGCCACCCAAGACUACAGCACGUCUUCCUCCACCUUGCCACCGCCGCCUUCCUUCGUCCAGUCACCCAUCCCGCAGUCGUCCUCCCAGUUUCAGCAACCGUCCUUGCUGCCGACGCAACUUCAGAAGUCUUCCUUCUCCACUCAGAACUACCAGCAGUCGCUUCAAAGCCCGUCCUUGCAAAGCCCUGUCCAACAGGCUGCCGCAUCCCCCCCUCCUGCCCCGCCGACGUUCCCCAUGACGAUGUCGCCGCAGGGAAUGCAUCUGCCGGGUAGCCAACAGGCGAAGCAGUUCUCGAUGGCGCAGAUGGCGCAAGGAGGAAGACCGCAGUUACCGACGCUGCAGACCACUCCUCCGUUGAACCAGGCGCCUCCCAAGCCGAAGCAACGGAAGAAGUCGGCUCCUCAGCAACAGCAACCGCAGCCUGAACCUCAACAGCAGCCUCCUCCGCCGUCGAUGCCGCAACCUCCGGUCACACCUCAGCAGCAGCGCCAGGGCAUGCCUCAGUACAUGCAGCCCCAGUUCCAGCAGUACCAGCAGAGGUCAUCAAUCCCUUACAACUUCCUUCCUCCAAGCGCCACCGGCUCCGUGCCUCCCACGCCCGCCACGCUCACUGGUGCCUCGCCCGCAUCGUCGAGUAUCAGUAACACUGAUUACUUCGAGAACUAUGUGAACCGAACUCUCACCUUCCAGAGCCCGAAGCCGGCUCCUAAUGGCGCGCCAGCCCCGGCGCCGUCCAUGCCUCCGCCCGGAGUGUCGCCGUUCCUGGCUCUGCCGCGGCCCUUACCUCCUCCUCCGUCUGUGGUCAUUCCCGUGCCGGCCAAGAAGAAGAAGAAGGCGCACCCGAAGCCGGUUUCUCAGGACUCGCAGCCGUCCCCCGCGAAGAAGGCUAAGACUCUGGACUCGCGCGAAACGGCAACGGCUUCCCCGCGUUCCAGCCAGAUCUACAUCAGCGUUCCCAAGCUCAGUCCCGCGCAGAAGAAGUCAUACCAGCCUGCUCCUGGCACUAACGAUGAGGAGGAGGAUGACAGUAUUGACUGGGGAACGAACGGGCAGGUUGAUCAAACCCCACAACGACACCGCAUCCUGAGCCCUGACUUUGACGACAUCCCUGUCGUGGGCACUGGCCGCACGGGCGACAAGGACACCAGAUGUGAGUUCAUCGAUUGCGGGUUUGAACUGACAUCAGCCGCGCUGGACAAGCUGCAGAACACGCUCGAGGACAUCUUUGAGGAGUCGGACACCUUCGACGCCGAGCCUUCGCGUGAAAGCGUGUCUUCCUCGAAGUACUUUGACACCUUGUCGAGAGAUGGGAGCCACCCACUCUUGGCUGCGGCAACCAUCAACAAUGUCACUCGCCGAGUUACCCGCGUUCACAAGAACCAGAAGCGCCAGCGCCUUGAGUCUAACAGACAAGCUGUUGCUUGGGACGUGGAGAACCUGUCGCGUCUGUUCCGCAUGCUGGAGCGCGUCAUGAACGAGACGGACGAGCUGGAGGUGUUCCCCAACAACGGGAGGAAGACCGUCAUCAACGGCUCGCCGACGAAGAAGGGCAAGAAGUCCAAGAAGGUCGAUGACGAGCCCAAGGAUGACACGCCAGACAUCCAGCUGACCGAGGACGAGGUUCUGCAGGCCGAGGAGCGGCUGACCACCAUGUCGACCGCCGCCGCUGCUGCCCUCUGUGUUCUUGUCGUGCUCGAUUCAGACGGACUGCCGAAGCAGCUCUACUCUGAGGACCUUCUCUCGCUGGCCGUGACAACGAUCCGCGACGAGAUGACCAAGGUGCUCUUCCCCGUGAUCGAAGGUCUUGCCGGCGAAAGUGAGCUCCAAAAAUCUCGCCACAAGCUGACAACAGAAAUGAACUCUGACUACUUGGCUCACCUGGUCACUGAGGAGUCGACCGCACUGGCGAAGACGAAGCCGUCCAAGAAGCUCCUGGUGUCACAGUUCCAGAACCCCAUCCUGUCCGCGGUCGCCCAGUCGACGUGCGCCGCAGUGCCGCACAUCGCUACCCUUAUCGGUCGACCGGACAUGUCGUUCUCGGACACGCUCGUCAUUCAGACUGUCUACCUCGCCAUUGGGCCAGUGUUCGUCAACGAGCCCUCCUCGAAGCGCGGGAACAAGGGCGGGCCUAGCUGGUCGGUCAUGAAGAGUUUGAGGAUGGAAGCACUUGGCUGUCUUCGAGGAUACGAAGAUCAGCGACAGUGGAUCAUUGAGGAGAUUCUGGGCUCUCUUGGCCGCGGUCAUGAGCAGGGCUCACGGCAGACACACUUCCACUCGAUCAACACGCUCAGUGCUCUUCUCCUGCAGCUCAUUCAGGCGUCCUCCCAUGGCGUCGGUGAUCGCAUCCGCAAGCUUCGCUCCUCGCAGUUUGACUACGAUGCUCCGGACCAGCAGGACGUUCAGAUGGGUCAGGCGGAUGCCAAGGCGGCUGCCCAAGAGUCUCAGGAAUCGAUCAUCGUCACUGAGUGCCGUGACUUAGCGCUGCGCUCGACUCACAUGAUCGCCCUAUGCGGUACUGGCAAGUCGAACAAGCUCACGACGGAUACGGACUACAAGGCGAUCCUGGACACCUUUGUCUCGGAUCUGCUGAAUGCGCUGUACCGACCUGAGUGGCCGGCGGCGUCCCUGUUCGUUAACAUCUUGUCUAAGAUCUUUGUCGGUGCUCUCGAUGAGGGCAAGGACAAGGCGAGCCAUUCCUCGGAGGCGAACGCGGCGCGCAGCAUUGCCCUUGACUACCUCGGUGACAUUGGGGCCAAGCUUCGCUCGUUCAACAACAUCAUGCAGGAGAAGAGAUCUGUCCCGAGUCUGGACGAGGUCAUCUCAGACGAGCUGGUCGCAGAGCUGCCUUCCCUCUUGGAGGCGCACUCCUCGAUCCAGAACUUCCUGUCGUCGGCUGCUCGCGAGGACACCAUGUUUGUCUCCUCUGGUGAGCUCUCGCGCGUUCUCUGGUCGCAGGAGCUGUAUCAGCCUGUUGAACGCCUCGAGUCCCUUAUCCAGAAGUACCGCAUGGACAAUGACGAUGAGGCGCACCAGCACCGCGAGAACUUGCAGGCUAUCCUUAAGACUAUCCGCAAGGCAUCGCAUGACGUUUGGACCGCAGACGAGAUGCUCUUCGAGAUGAGGUAA